UCGUAGAAACCCAAAUACAAGAUGAACAUUCCAACUAUUCUAGUUCUACCCUAUCCAGCUCAAGGGCAUGUGAAUCCCUUGAUGACCCUCUCACAAAAAUUGGUUGAAAAUGGAUGCAAAGUUAUCUUUGUGAACACACACUUCAACCAUGAGCGAGUGGUGAGUUCUAUGGCUGACCAACUACAUAACAUGGAUGAAUCAAUGUUGAAGUUGGUGUCAAUCUCAGAUGGUUUAAGACCUGAGGAUGAUAGAAAAGAUUUGGGAAAGUUAUGUGAUACUAUACUAAGGACCAUGCCUUCUACAUUUGAGAAGCUAAUAGAUGAUAUUCAUUUGAACAGUGACAACAGAAUCAACUUCAUUGUUGCAGAUAUGUGCAUGGGAUGGGCUUUCGAUGUUGGAACUAAAUUGGGAAUCAAAGGAGCUAUGAUCUGGCCUGCAUCUGUAUCUAUGUUGGCCUUGAUAUGCAACAUCCCCAAGCUUAUUGAUGAUGGCAUUAUAGAUUCUGAUGGAGGAUUAAAAGUAACAACAAAAAACACAAUUCGGAUAUCACCAAUUAUGUCCGAUAUGGAUCCAAGAACCUUUUUUUGGUUGAAUAUGGGUGAUACAACAACUGGUAAGAUAGUACUCAAUUAUUUGGUGCAAUGUGCACAAUGUAUAAACUUGACAGAAUGGUGUCUUUGCAACACUGCAUAUGAACUAGAAUCUAGGCCACUAUCCUUUAGUCCAAAUUUGCUCCCAAUUGGCCCGUUGUUGAGAAGUUAUGACAAUAGCAGUGCAACCACAAAAUCAAUUGGACAAUUUUGGGAAGAAGAUUUUUCUUGCAUCAAUUGGCUUGACCAACAACCUCAUCAUUCUGUCGUGUAUGUUGCCUUUGGAAGUUUUACUCUUUUUGACCAAAACCAAUUUAAUGAAAUUGCUCUUGGUCUUGACCUCACCAAUAGACCUUUUCUUUGGGUUGUGCGUAAAGACAAUAAGAUGGCAUGUCCCCAUGAAUUCAAAGGGAGUAAAGGUAAGAUAGUUGAAUGGGCUCCUCAACAAAAGGUGCUAAGCCACCCAGCCAUAGCAUGCUUUGUUAGCCAUUGUGGUUGGAAUUCUACCAUGGAAGGUUUGUCCAAUGGGGUGCCCUUCUUGUGUUGGCCAUAUUUUGGAGAUCAAAUGUAUAACAAAACAUAUAUUUGUGAUGAGCUGAAGAUUGGGUUUGGCUUUGACUUGGAUAAAAACGGACUCGUGUCAUGCGAGGAGUUCAAAAUGAAAGUGGACCAACUCCUCAGUGAUGAGAACAUAAUAUCAAGGUCUUUAGAACUGAAGGAGAAACUCAUCAAGAACAUAGCUCGAGGAGGUCUGUCUUCAAAGAAUUUCAAUAGGUUUGUCAAAUGGUUAAAAGAAUAAGAA